UUCUGCUUCGAGCCGGAAUCAUGAAGUCACAGCCAGCCAGGAAGCCAGCAGCCGCGCGAAGUUCAGAGCCAUUCUCGAUCCUGCCGCCUUUGUUCUUCCAUCGUCCUUGUCCUCAACGCCAUCGUCACUUCCUCUCACCCAGCUUGGUGGGGUUUUCUUCCCUCUUCCUUUCGCUUUUUAUCCCCCUUCCUUGCGCAAGAUUCUCUCUCGACCAGCGUCACCCAGCCUUGUUGCCGACCUUCCAGUGUUGCAUCGGUUUGGACGCACACACGCAAACACACACAAGUUUAGCGAUCGGCAGAAGCACGAGCUGGUCAGAAGUCAAUGGCAUCCAAACGCGUCUACUGAUCGACUCGUCCACACAGGCUGCCUUGCGACUUGGUGUCAAAGAUGGGCGACUUGACGACUGCUCUGGUGCUUCUCUCCACCUCUUUUCUUCUGGGGACGCUCUCCAUGCACUGGAGAGCUGAUCAUUUGGUGCUCUGGCAAUCUCCCAUCACCCAUGACUCGCUGAUCGAAGCGCACGCCUACUACUCCCAAUCUCUGACGGAUUUGCCGCAUGGCUUGACAUGGCUGCUGUACAUCGUUGGAACGCUCGGAGUGGGAACUACGGUGUACAAAGCUGCGGGUGGAAGAGAGAGCAAUUGGUUGUUCGAUGGCGCUAGUCUUUUUCUUUACGGGGCCGUAGGAGUCGUCUUCUAUCAGCGCAUCCAGCCCAGUCUCAAUGCUCUUCCGGCGCUAGCUCCGGCACCUCGAGCGGACCCCUCGGAUCCUCUAGAUGCCUGCCUAGUCCCUCUGCGCGAACUGGCUUCCUCUAAUGCGGUAGUGGCCGUGGCCUUGGUGGGCAUCAUCAUCCUACAAUCGGGACAGUACUACAGUCAGAGAUUGGAGGAGAGAGAGAGGAUGGAAGAGGAUGAAGCUAGGGUCAGGAGGAGAAAGAGGAGAGCCGAGAGAGCCGGUAGGGGCAGCCUCUCCUUGAGCGAUGCCGGAACUUCCACUUCCCUCAGCUCUCCUAGCAGUCCCCAACCUCGAUGAUCGACCACAAAGGGCAUCAACAGAAUAGAAAGCAAGCAAGAAGGAAAUGGAAGGAGACGUACACUCGAACGGCCAGCUGGGAGUGCUAGCAUCACUAUCCACGCCUUGUGACUCGGUACAGCUCGAGUAUUCAAAGUUCCCUCAUGGACAUGCACAAAAUGUACGAAGACCGGGUAAAGAGGUGUUUCUUGCUAAUCAAAUUGUUCCAUCGCUGCUGUCAAGUGCGGGGCGAGAUCAGCACGCUGCCGUUGCGAACGACCAUCCGUGCCUGCUCUCAGCGGCGAUUUGAGCUCGGACCGCGGCCCCAUUUUCUGGCUACGACGGUACUCAGUCAAGAGUCUGACGUUGAACGAGGACAGCAUUGACAUUCGUGCUUGGAGACUUCCCAC